AUGAUCCUUGAGGUCUCCAAGGGCCAGAUCAGCGGCCUGCCCACUACCUCCGGUGGGAACCGCUUCCAGCUCUGGGCGCUGGGAUGCUUCCGCACCGAGCGCACCCUGGCCAAGCAUCUCAAGAGCAACAGCUUCUACCCUUUCACUAGGCAGCAACCUAAUGUUUUCGUGCUCGAGUACUACCUGGACACUCUGUGGAAAGGGGCGCUGCUCUUCGUUGUCAGCCUCUUCCUAGUCAGCUUCUCCUUUAAGGUGCGGGACCAGCAGCCAUGGGGCUUACCGGUGUACGGCGUGGUCAUGGGCCUGUGGCUCAUGGUCUCCUCACUGCCACGGCGUCGCCUAGUACUGAACCACAUGCGCGGCCUGUACCAAUUCUCUAUUCAGGGCCACACAGUGUUUCAGGGCCCCUUGCACCUGAUCUACGUUCGCCUGGCACUCAGCUCUGACGCCCACGGAAGGUGCUUCUUCCAGCUUGUCCUAUGCGGCCACAAGCUGGAGCCGCUGGUGUUGGUGCAGCUGUCUGAGCGCUACGAGCAAAUGGAAUUCUUGGGCCGCCACAUUGCCCGGAAGCUCAACAUUAACUACUUUGACUACGUUACCACAUCCUAUCGGCAUGUGGUCCGCCAUUGGCCGCUGGGAGCCACCCACAUCCCAGGCAUUGUGCUUCGAAAGGAUCACACCUACAACCAGGUCAAGCGGUCUCUGUCUGACCUGGACGUGUGA